AUGAUUACCUGGCUCAAAAACCUAUUAUCUGGCGACAGCGCCGAGGCAAGGAAGAAACGCAAGAAGGAAGAGCGCGCGGCUCGAGAGCGCCGUAAACGGAUCAGAGAGCGCGAGAGAGAACUGAUGCGCCGAAGGGGAAUAGGCACGUGGAAAUCAUCCUUUUUCUUGGCUGCUCCAGCGCCUAUCGUCAAACUUACCAGUAAGUUCGCUGCGCUUGACGAGACUGGUGCUGGGCAUGUCUGGAGCAAAAAGAGCACCGUUCACGCCCCAUAUCCGCCGGACGAGAACGAAGCGUUCAAAGAGGUAUGGGAUCGCUAUGUCCUUUUCGGUGAUCCAAUCCGAAGAUGGCCGUUGCAACUACCAGAAGCGCUCGAUUCCACGCCAAAGAGCUUGCCACUACCGCCUAUCCAGAAGAUGGCGACAGGAGGAUGUUACAAUGUUGGCAUCUCUCAUGCGAGACAGCUGUGCAUCUGGGGUUACAAAUCCGAGAAUUGGCCUGAGAUCGCGGAUGUUAAUCCAAUGAGCGCCGUCGAGUUCAAAGCAGCUGUCAUUGAGACUGAUACUGGCAGACGCCUCCAGAUCGUCGUUGCAGCUGCGGGACGGGCGCAUGUUGUAGCUUUGGCGGCGGAUGGGUCGCUUUGGUCUGCAGGUGAUGGACUCAAUGGACAAUUGGGCAUAGGAACCAGGCAGUUCGGCUUAUGUACGGAAUAA